CCUCGAGCGCGAGGACGUGUCUUGCGCGAGAUUGACCUCAUCCAUCGGUCGGCACACUGCAUUUGUUUUGCGAGAAAUCUCGGUCAAUCGUCAGCGAGGUCUCACACUUGACUGAAGCUAUUGCACCUGCAGCGGCCUACCUACAGUGACUCUACCGCGUGAUCAGUCUCAGGUCUGCUCACUGCCGUCAACUGCAGAGGAUAUCCAAUGGCUAUAGAUGGUCUCAUCAUACUGGAUUCCAUCGGCCAUCCAGUCGUACAGUCGGGCUUCCGUUCAUCGGUUGCAGCAUACCCUAUUCUACAUAUUGACGCGGUGAACAAUGCCCUUGCCAAUGCUUCACGCCCAGACGACGUCGAUCCUGUGCUAUAUGUGCCAAGUUUGACUCUGGACGCACCGACGGCGUGCUGUCAUGCGAAGGUCGGUGACAUGAGGUUCUUGUGUCCCAUUAGUGGUGACGUGGAUCCCCUAUAUGCGUUCGCCUUUAUGCAGACGUUUGCCGACAUCCUACGGGAAUACUUCGGCCACAUUUCUGCGGAAACGCUGAAGGAGAACUUCGACGUCGUGUACCAGCUACUCGAAGAGACUCUAGACUCAGGCGGCCAUCCCCUCACCACCUCAUCGAAUGCACUGCGGGACAUCGUUCUCCCUCCUUCCCUGCUCAACAAGGUUCUUUCCGUGGCUGGCGUCUCAGGUCUUGCGACGUCAUCAGCCAACUCUCAUCCUUUCGCGUCGCCUAUACCCUGGAGAAAAGUAGGCGUGAGGUACAACAACAAUGAGAUUUACUUCGACGUGGUUGAGACGUUGGAAGCGAUCAUCAACAAGAAUGGCACGCCCGCCGUGAGCAACGUAUGGGGCAAAGUGCUAUCAAAUUGUAAACUCUCAGGCACGCCUGACCUGCUGUUGACCCUCUCAAACUCACAAUCCCUCACCGACUGUUCAUUCCAUCCAUGCGUCCGACUGCAGCGGUGGGCGCGCGACAAAACGCUGUCUUUCGUUCCACCAGACGGCCGUUUCAAGCUCAUGGAGUAUCGCUACGCACCCGUCUCAGUAUCGACCGUGCACCAAGUGGCGGUACCAUUUGCACUGCGGAGUGCAAUAAAUGUCGAGGAGAAUGGCGGCUCAUUUGACCUCACGCUGGGUUCACGGCUAACGACACGCGCUCUCGAUAAUGUCAUGGUCGAAUUGUUCCUGGGGGAGGGUGCAUCGGGAGCAAAUUGUGUAGCAUCGCACAACGCCUCGUGGAGCUUUGAUCCAAAGAGCCUGAACCUUCGCUGGGAGUUGCAAAAUGUCCCGGCAUCGUCGAGCUACACCUUGCGUGGCACGUUCAGCUCCAGUGCAAAGAUUCCUCGUCCAUCGCGUGCGUUCCGGAUCCAUUUCGACAUCACGCAGCAUAGCUUCUCUGCCUUAAAGAUUGAGCAGUUAAAGCUUACCGGCGAGAUGUACAAGCCAUACAAGGGCAUGCGGGGGAAAUCCGCAGGCGAUAUCGAGUGGCGAUGGUAGGCCAUCAUCGAAGUACAGAUCAGCGAGAGAGAACGGAGAAGAGCUUUAAGCGCGCAUCUAGAGCAUUAGUGUGUACUUUUG